CUGCAUUCUAAAUUCUAGUAAUAUAAUCACGUGACUCAAUCAAAAUGGCGCUGUGCUGUGCAAUUAGUAAUGAGGUGCCUGAACAGCCAGUCAUUUCUCCUGUGUCUGGGCACAUUUAUGAGAGGCGCCUUAUUGAGAAGUACAUCAAAGAAAAUGGGUCCGAUCCCAUGAAUGGGGAGAAACUAGGAAUAGAAAUGCUGGUAGAUGUUAAAGCUUCAGCACUUGUAAAACCUAGACCUCCUUCUGCUACAAGUAUACCAGCAAUACUCAAAUCAUUACAAGAUGAAUGGGAUGCUGUGAUGUUACACAGUUUUACGUUGAGGCAGCAACUUCAAACGGCCAGACAAGAACUUUCCCAUGCCCUAUAUCAGCACGAUGCUGCUUGCCGUGUGAUCGCUCGUCUCACCAAAGAAGUCACAGCUGCUAGAGAAGCUUUGGCCACCCUCAAACCCCAGGCAGGAAUAACAGCUGGAGCUUACAUUGCUCCUGCCCCACAACCAACUUAUGGAGCAGAAGCUGGGCCUGAAUCUGCUAUUCAACCCAUGGAGGAAACAGGCAUGAGUGAGGAAGUGCUGCAAAAAUUGCAAGACAAAGCCACACUUCUUACAGCCGAAAGGAAAAAGAGAGGUAAAACUGUACCAGAGGGACUGGCAACAACAGAGGAUAUCAAAUCAUUCAAGCAGCUGGCCUCUCACACAGGCCUGCACAGUGCCAGUGUUCCUGGAAUAUUGGCUUUGGACAUCUGCUUGAAGGACACUUCCAAGAUUGUUACAGGUGGUAAUGACAAGAAUGCAGUUGUUUUCAACAAGGACACUGAGCAGGUCAUGGCCAUUCUGAAAGGUCACUCAAAGAAGGUCACCAGUGUCAUUUAUCAUCCAGAAGAUGAGAUAGUGUUCACUGCAUCCCCUGACGCAACCAUCCGUGUGUGGGGUGUGGAGACAGCUCAGUGUGGUCAGGUGAUCAGAGCUCACGAUGCCCCCGUCACUGGAAUCAGUCUCCACGCCACUGGGGACUACCUGCUUAGCUCUUCUACAGAUAUGCAUUGGGCCUUUUCUGACAUUCGACAAGGACGCGUUUUGACCAAAGUUAGCGAUCCAUCAUCUCAGCAUGCUCUCACCUGUGCCCAGUUUCACCCUGAUGGUCUUAUUUUUGGCACUGGUACCGAGGACUCCAUGAUCAAGAUUUGGGAUUUGAAGGGAAGGCUGAAUGUGGCCAACUUCCCCGGCCACCAGGGACCCAUCACUAGCAUUGCUUUCUCAGAAAAUGGUUACUACUUGGCUACUUCCGCUGAAGAUUCUGUCGUCAAAUUGUGGGAUUUGAGAAAACUUAAAAAUUUCAAGACACUUCAACUUACAGACAAAUAUGAGGUGAGGUCCCUUGCCUUUGACCAGAGUGGAACAUACUUGAGUGUUGCUGGAUCAGAUGUCAGGGUUUACCUGUGCAAGCAGUGGCAGGAGUUGAUUUCAUUCAACGACCACACCGCCAUGGCCACAGGAGUCAGGUUUGGACACAACGCAACAUUUGUGGCUUCAGGAAGCAUGGAUAGAUCUGUCAAAUUCUUUGGAAUACAAUGAAACUUGAGGGGCAUCUAAGAAAAAACUAAGGAAAAUGUAAAAGAUAAAGCUACUUACUGUUUGGACUUUCGACUUGAUCCUUUGUCAACACAGGGAUUUGUUUACUGCAUUUUUAUCAUGGGAAAAUUAUGAAAUUCAGUUAUUGUACAGUUUUAUAUUUUCAGCCUUCAAAGAUUUUUGCAGAAAAAAAUGGAUUAAAUCAAAUUAUGAUAUGUAUUAGAAAUAAUUUGUUGGAUUUAAACCUGUGUGCAUUGUUCAUUCACAAUUUCCAAUCACUUCAUUUUUUAUUUUUUGGGGGGUAAAAGUUGUCAACAAUUAUGUAGGAAUUUAUGAUAAGGACACUUUCUUGCUUUUAGUACUUUUUGUGACUUUUGUAUUAUAUACAUGUAAGAAUAUUUGUGUUUAACAUUAGAAUCAUAUGCCAUUUGAUGACAGUAUUGCCAUUAGUUGAAUUCAUGUCAUAAACAUAAAGCAGAUAUACUGUCAGAUGACAUAACAGCAUGUAUCUGUUUGAAUUUUAUCUAGUUGAUUAAAUGAAGGAAUAAAUGUA